AUGUCCGACACCGAGAAACUCAAUUUGGACUCUAUCAUCGGGCGCCUGCUGGAAGUGCAAGGCUCGCAUCCCGGGAAAAAUGUCCAGCUGAUGGAGAACGAGAUCCGUGGAUUGUGCCUCAAGUCCCGGGAGAUCUUCCUGAGCCAGCCCAUUCUUCUGGAGCUGGAGGCACCCCUCAAGAUAUGCGGUGACAUCCACGGCCAGUACUAUGACCUCCUGCGGCUGUUCGAGUACGGUGGCUUCCCGCCAGAGAGCAACUACCUCUUCCUGGGGGACUACGUGGACCGGGGCAAGCAGUCCCUGGAGACCAUCUGCCUGCUGCUGGCCUACAAGAUCAAGUACCCGGAAAACUUCUUUCUGCUCCGUGGGAACCACGAGUGUGCCAGCAUCAACCGCAUGUAUGGCUUCUUUGAUGAGUGCAAGAGACGCUACAACAUCAAACUGUGGAAAACGUUCACCGACUGCUUCAACUGCCUGCCCAUCGCGGCCGUUGUGGACGAGAAGAUCUUCUGCUGCCACGGAGGCCUGUCCCCUGACCUGCAGUCCAUGGAGCAGAUCCGGCGCAUCAUGCGGCCCACGGACGUGCCCGACCACGGUCUGCUGUGCGACCUGCUUUGGUCCGACCCCGACAAAGAUGUGCAGGGUUGGGGCGAGAAUGACCGCGGGGUCUCCUUUACCUUCGGGGCUGAGGUGGUGGCCAAAUUCCUGCACAAGCAUGACCUGGACCUCAUCUGCCGGGCGCACCAGGUAGUGGAAGACGGCUAUGAGUUCUUUGCCAAGCGGCAGCUGGUAACACUUUUCUCAGCUCCCAACUACUGCGGCGAGUUCGACAACGCCGGCGCCAUGAUGAGUGUGGACGAGACGCUCAUGUGCUCCUUCCAGAUCCUCAAGCCCACAGACAUGAACAAGGGGAAGUAUGGGCAGUUCAGUGGCCUGAAUCCCGGGGGGCGGCCCGUCACGCCACCCCGCAAUUCUGCCAAAGCCAAGAAGUAG